GUGCAAAAGCGAAUCAUAAAUUGAAAAUUAAUAGAGAUUAGGGGGAUCUGUUUACAGAGAGACAAGAAGAAGAAGGAACAGAGAAUGAUCAAAUCCCAAUUUGAAACGAUUCAAAAACAGAGCACUACCAUCUUCACUUUCUUCUAAUCCCCAUUCUUCGCCGCUUUCGUCUAUGGUUAUGCCAUUCCCUCUCCAUUAACUUCUUCUUCUUCUUCUUAAUCCUUUCUUGUCACGUUCUGCCCCCACCUCUAAUGCCAGUUAGCCCUUUUUUUUAAUCCUUAAUUAUUAUUCCAAUCUCCUUUUCCUUUCCCCUUUCUCCACUUUUAGGCCUUUGUAUAUAUCGCUCCAUUUCCUCUCUAAUCUCUCUUCCUCUUUGGCCCCUCUCAACAGAGAUUCCUGUGGCCUGCCAAGGGAUUUGAGUUUUCAGUUUACUUUGUUCUGGUGCUGGUUGCUGCACAUUUUGUUCAUAGUUGAUUGAGUUGUUGAGAAUUUAUCAGGGGAAAUGACGGAGCCAAAGCCAUCCACACCCUUGCUAAGCACAAAAUCACCAUCCUCACGGAGCCUCCCUGAUUUUAAGAAGUCUGUCAAAUUGAAAUAUGUGAAACUUGGCUAUCACUAUCUCAUCACCCAUGGAAUGUACCUCUUCCUUUCUCCUUUGGUGGUUGUGAUUGCGGCUCAGCUUUCGACGUUUUCCCUUCAAGAUCUUUAUGAAGUUUGGGGUCAUCUUCAAUACAACUUAGUUUCUGUGAUCCUUUGUUCAACCCUCCUUGUUUUCUUGUCUACCUUGUACUUUCUUACCCGUCCUCGCCCCGUUUACCUUGUUAACUUUUCAUGCUACAAGCCUGAUGAAUCUCGUAAAUGCACGAAGAAGAUUUUUAUGGAUCAAUCUCAGAUGACAGGGACAUUUACAGAGGAGAAUCUUCAAUUCCAAAGGAAAAUCCUUGAGAGAUCUGGCCUUGGGGAUUCAACCUAUCUUCCUGAGGCUGUUCUCAAUAUUCCUCCAAACCCCUCCAUGGCAGAAGCUAGAAAAGAAGCUGAAAUGGUGAUGUUUGGUGCCAUUGAUGAGCUUCUGGCCAAGACAAGUGUAAAACCGAAGGAUAUCGGUAUCUUGAUUGUGAACUGUAGCUUGUUCAAUCCGACGCCGUCACUUUCUGCUAUGGUCAUCAACCACUACAAGCUGAGAGGAAACAUUAUUAGUUACAAUCUCGGUGGGAUGGGUUGCAGUGCAGGCCUAAUUUCUAUUGAUCUUGCCAAACAGCUGCUUCAGGUCCACCCUAAUUCCUAUGCCUUGGUUAUUAGCAUGGAGAACAUAACAUUGAACUGGUACUUUGGGAAUGAUCGAUCGAAGCUUGUCUCUAAUUGCUUGUUUCGGAUGGGUGGAGCAGCAAUAUUGCUUUCAAACAGAAGAUCCGAGAGAAGGAGGUCCAAAUAUCAAUUAAUACAUACUGUUCGUACCCACAAGGGAGCAGAUGAUAAGUGCUUUAGCUGUGUUACUCAGGAAGAGGACUCAACUGGGAAGAUUGGUGUUACUUUAUCGAAAGACUUAAUGGCAGUUGCAGGUGAUGCAUUGAAGACUAACAUCACGACAUUGGGCCCUCUUGUGUUACCAAUGUCGGAACAGCUUCUCUUCUUCGGUACAUUGGUCGGUAAGAAACUCUUCAAAAUGAAGAUCAAGCCUUACAUCCCUGACUUCAAACUAGCAUUUGAACAUUUCUGCAUCCAUGCUGGGGGGAGAGCAGUUUUAGACGAAUUGGAGAAGAACUUGCAGCUGUCUGAUUGGCAUAUGGAGCCGUCAAGGAUGACACUCUACCGAUUUGGCAAUACGUCGAGCAGUUCUCUUUGGUAUGAAUUGGCAUAUACAGAAGGGAAAGGUAGAAUGAAGAAAGGAGAUAGAACAUGGCAAAUAGCAUUUGGCUCAGGAUUCAAGUGCAAUAGUGCAGUUUGGAAAGCUCUAAGGACCAUAAAUCCAGCUAAAGAAAAGAACCCAUGGAUGAAUGAGAUCAACCAGUUUCCAGUUGAUGUUCCUAAAAUUUCGACCAUUUGAGAACUUAUUAUUAACUCUUUUAGUUUUUCAUUCAUUUUAGUCUCCUCUCUAAUUUGGGGUGCCGAGAUUUUCCAUUGAUUUUCCUGUGCUGAUAUUAAAGGAUUGACAUUUUCUUUUCUUCUAGGCCGAGGUAGAUUGUUUUGUUGAUAGCAGAACAUUGUAUCUUUGUAGAUGCUUUGUGAAAGCUUCAUGUCUUGAUUUGUAUUAUGGGGAUUGGAAUUUGAAAUUGUUCAAUUUAGCAGACAAUUUGGAUGGAUCAUUCAUUUCUACUGCGUAAACUCUAAGCUUGCUAUGUUGAUUCUAUGGACUGAAGCACCAAACUCCAAUGAUAAUGAUUAUUCAAGUA